GCAAAAUUCCCCGCACAGACGACGUGUGACCACCGUCGAGAGAGGAGUCUGUGUUGCAUCCUGUGUUCGCCCGACUCUCUUUUUUUGUAUUAACCCCUUUUUUGAAUUCGAAUCUCUCCGCUGCAUCCUCUUCUGCCGCGAUUCCGCACCAAAAGACAAACAUGAUGAGCUUCUGGCGCAUGGUUGUGGCGACAAUGCUGGUGGUGGCAGUCGCGGUGGCAGUGGCGGCAGCAGAGGAAGGCGAAGCUCAACUUCCCGCGGCAGCACAGGAAGCCGGAACCGAAGAAGCGGCCGAGAAUUCGGACACCACUGACUCUCCAACUGCUGAAGUUGAAGGAAGCGAAACGGCCAAGGAGAGUCCAAGCUCCGACGCCGCCGCUGAGCCCGAGGACUCUGGCGACGACGACGCCGACGGCGGCGACGGCGACGAGCCAGGCAACAACGGGGACUCCCUCGCCGCCCACCUGCCGGCUCUCCUCGCCUCCACCGUCUUCGCUCUCAAGUUCGCCCACUGAGAGAAGAGAGGAGACGCAGCAACAUGAAAGGAGAAGAUAAAGGAGAGGGACGGUGAGAGGAAGAGGACGAGGGCGAGGAGGAGGAGGAGGAGGGAUAGCAAGAGUGACAGGAAAUGGAGGAAAAGGAGCGACGCCAAGGAUGAGAAGAGGAGGAGGCGGAGGAGAAGGAAAAGUGACGAGAAGGAUGAAAGGAAGAGGAGAAAAAGGAGGAGGAGGAGGAGGAGGAGGAGAAGGAGGGAGAGAUAGCAACAGAGACGGCGGAAGGACGGUCGGACUGACAGAGUUCUGCGUUUUCCUCUGUGCUCUUCUUCUUCAGCGUCACCGCCGCCUUCGUCCUCCUCUCCUCCUUGUCUCGUCUCGUUCCUUGUCCUUCUUCUUCCUCUCUAAUUUUCCUUUCCCUCCGUUUUUCCCCCAUUCUCUCCCGUGCCCUGGCCUCCAGUUUCUCUUCCUCCCUUGCUCUUCAUCCUCUUUCUAAUUCUCCUUUUCCUUCCUCCUAUCUUCCCGCCCUUUCCCCUCCUCCUCCUCCUCCUCCUCCUCGCCCCCCCCUUCUUCUUGGUCCCCCAUACCCACCUUUAUCAUCGCUUCUUUGUUCGUCCCUUUAUCAGCCUCCUUGCUUCACCUCCAACAGACCAUCACAACACAGCUGUCCAGCGAAGAAGAGGGAGAGGAGAGGACAGGAGAAGAAGACCCAUCUGUUGGAAGUGAUGCCAUAAAAGCGAACAAAAGAGAAAAAAAGGAACAAAAAAAAUCUUUUUGUUUUUGUCUUCGUUUAAUGUAUUUCCCUGGCUCUGAGGAGUUCACCUGAGAGAGAAAAGAGCAGAAGAAGCAGGAGGAAAAUGACGGAAAGUAGUAUUGGGCGAUGAAUAAAUGGAGUCAAUGAAGACGAGCGCAGAAAAAGGACAACUCUAAUGUGAAACCAAAAUCUUCGGACUUUUCCCCAUCUCUCUCUCUCUCUCUCUCUCUCUCUCUCUCUCUCUCUCUCUCUCUCUAUAUAUAUAUAUAUAUAUAUAUAUAUAUAUAUAUAUAUAUAUAUAUAUAUAUAUAUAUAUAUAUAUAUACUUGUAUGUACGUGCGUAUGUAUACAUGAUGUGUGUAUAUAUACCCGUUGCUCUCCAAACUUUUUCUCGAAAGGAUUUCAAUUCCCUCCUACAGAACAGGUGUAAGAAGACUCACUGUGUAUUUCUCAACAUAUCAAAGCCAGGGAGAUUAUCAAGUGAUUAGCAGAAACAGUCUGCUGAUAAUAUUACGACUGAGUCCAUCUUGAUUACAUUUAUUUGAUCAGAUUUUUUUUCCUCCUCUUUCUAUCUAUCGCAUUCUUCUUCGUUUUAUUGCUCUUCCUUUUGUGUUUCUAAUUCCACUUUUUCCUUUUCUCUUUCUUCUAUUCCCGAUUCCUUUCCUUCCACUUCUUACUGUUCUUUGUCUCUUUCCACGUUCUUCCUUUGUUUCAGACAUUUAUUCCCUUCUCCUAUACACACCUACCCUUUGCUGUGAUAAAACGAGAAAAUAUUUGAAAAAAAAAAGAAUUUUUUUGUUUUUGUGUUUUUGUUCUUCACUUUACCACUCGUAAUAGUCUGAACCAAUGAAUAAAAUCAUACAAAAAGAUUUGUAACUUCUCUUAUUUACAUAAUUAGUCAUCACCUGCAGAUAUAAUAAAGGUAGUGAAAAUAUCAGAAAAUACUUUUAUCAUUAGUUCUUGUGUUGAACUAAACGCCAUCACGUGUAUUCUGCAGACUGUUCACUUUUAAAAUAUUUUAUUAGUUUACUUGGUGUCUCCCAUUUUUCUGUCCUUUUGAUUUUAAUUUUCCCUUCUUUCUUUAAUUUUCUUUACAUUCUUUCUAUUCUCUCUCUCUCUCUCUCUCUCUCUCUCUCUCUCUCUCUCUCUCUCUCUCUCUCUCUCUCUCUCUCUCUCUCUCUCUCUCUCUCUCUCUCUCUCUCUCUCUCUCUCUCCCUCCCUCUCAAUAUAUAUAUAUAUAUAUAUAUAUAUAUAUAUAUAUAUAUAUAUACAUAUAUACAUAUAUAUAUAUAUAUAUAUAUAUAUAUAUAUAUAUAUAUAUAUAUAUAUAUAUAUAUAUUAUAUAUAUAUAUAUAUAUAUAUAUAUAUAUAUAUAUAUAUAUAUAUAUAUAUAUAUAUAUAUAUAUAUAUAUACUUUCCUAUCUUAUAUCCGUUUUUUUUUGUCAAAGUAAGUUUAGUCAAAUGUUAGUAUAUUGAGAAAAGUAGUAGAAUAUAUUUUCAAAGAGUCUUUCGUGUAGAACACCGACGCAGCGAAACGAAAAUAAUUCAUGAGUGGAGAGUUGACUAAUUAAAAUAUAUAUAUAUAUAGCAUUACAUUGACGUAAUGCCACAGUAUCAUGCUUUGAAAUUUGGAAGAAAAAAAGAAAGGAAAAUAUUAGUUCCAUCCUUUGUAUCAUACACACGUAAGGUAUAAAUAAUCAUGACAAGUUAAUUGAUGUUUGACAUUAGAUAUAGGAACUAUUUUCUCUCUCUCUCGUGCGUUCUCUCUCUCUCUCCUUAUUGUUAUUUUGCAAUAAUUUCCAUGUAACCUAAUGGAUGUUAUUUUUCCGUUUGUUUGUUUUUAUUUUCUUUGUGUAUUAGAUUAUAAAUUCACAUCAAAUCUGUAAGGCCAACAUUAUAUAGAGUUCUCUGUAAUAAUUUAUAUUUUAAGUUAUUAUAAUAUUAAUUAUUACUAUUAUUAAGAUUAUUAUUUUUAUUAUUAUUAUCGGUAUUAUUAAUCAUGAUCAUCGUUAAAAUAUUAUAGAUUUUGCUUCUCCUUUCCCCUCCCUAUUGUUCUCUUAAAAUACACUUAUAAUGCCAUCUUUUUCUAUGGAUCAUUAUUAGGAAAUUUUGUCGACGAGCAAACUGAAUUUUAAAAUCCAAACCCUCGAGAAAAUUAACCAAUUUGUACUUUUAUAGUCCCUUUUGUGUAUUGAAGAAAAGUUCAUUGCGAAAUGCCUUAGCAACUUAGAGACCCUCCCCCCCUAUCCGUACUCGCCUCCCCCCCUCCCCUACCACCUACCCCUCCCCUCCUUUUUUUUUAUUUCCCCAACGCCCUUCCCUCAACCCUAUCACCUCACCUCCCUCCCCUCCCCUCCCCCAGCCCCUUUUUUGAAACGUUUAAAUAGAAGUAAUGAUAAUGAAAAAAAGCUUAACUUGUACCCCUCCUAUGAAAGUGUUCAUUGCUAAAAUCUAAGUUGAUGUCCAUUCCUGCCAUAAACCAAGUUUGUGAGGAAAUAGAUACCCUUAUUUUUUAUAUUUAUUAUUAUUUAGUUAUUCCCCAUUUCGUUUCCUCUCAUGGGAAAAAAAAAGAAAAUAUUAGGCUUACGUAUUUUUUAUUUUUAUUUUUUAUUUCUCGUUUUGUGCCGUUAGAUAGAAAACUUUUUUUUCUUCCAUUUCUUAAAGACAUUAUCGGCCUUUAUUUUUAGACAUGCCUAUCCUUAUAAAUGCAUUUGUCAUGUAAUAAGAAAAUAAUAAAAAAAAAACAUUCCCUAUAUCGAAGAUUUUUGUCCAAAGUUUUUUCAUACAUUUUUGCACAUAUUUCUAUACUCUUGUUCCGUCAAUGUAUUAGUGUAGAAAAACGCUCCAUCUUAUACAUGUAAUGUCUGGAUUUGAUUAAGUGAAUAAAGUUAGUUCCAUGGAUA